GAUCACAAGAACAAGUACCAAACAAGUACAAAGAAAGAGAUUUAAUUUGAGAGAGAGAGAGAGAGAGAGAGAGAGAUGAUGGCAUGGAUUAAGGUUUUGGUCAUGGUGGCUUGUCUAUUUCCGGCAUUGGUGGAGUGCAGGGUUCGUCAUUAUAAGUUCAAUGUGGUGAUGAGGAAUACGACGAGGUUAUGUUCAACCAAACCCAUUGUGACCGUUAAUGGGCGUUUCCCUGGUCCGACAGUGUACGCAAGGGAGGACGACACAGUCCUUGUUAAGGUCGUCAACCACGUUAAGCACAACAUUAGCAUUCACUGGCAUGGAAUAAGACAAUUGAGGACUGGUUGGGCCGAUGGGCCGGCAUACAUAACACAGUGCCCAAUCCAGCCAGGGCAAAGCUUUGUGUACAACUUCACCAUCACUGGGCAGAGGGGGACUCUCCUAUGGCAUGCACACAUACUCUGGCUCAGAGCAACAGUCUAUGGUGCCAUUGUCAUCUUGCCCAAGCUUGGUGUCCCUUACCCUUUCCCAACCCCAAAUAGGGAAGUGGUUGUUGUCUUGGGUGAAUGGUGGAAAUCAGAUGUUGAAGCUGUGAUCAACGAAGCCACAAAAUCAGGCCUAGCCCCCAAUGUUUCAGAUGCUCACACCAUCAAUGGCCAUCCAGGACCCAUCUCAAACUGCUUAUCACAGGGAGGGUUCAAUUUACCAGUAGAACCAGGCAAGACAUACUUGUUGAGAAUCAUCAAUGCUGCACUCAAUGAAGAGCUAUUUUUCAAGAUUGCUGGCCAUCAACUCACAGUUGUAGAGGUUGAUGCCACUUAUGUCAAACCAUUCAAAAGUGAUACCAUUCUCAUAGCCCCUGGCCAGACCACAAAUGCCCUUUUAACCGCUGACCUUGGAACCGGUAGGUACAUGGUUGCAGCCUCACCUUUCGUGGACUCACCCGUCCCAGUUGAUAACAUGACUGCAACCGCCACAUUAGAUUACUCUGGUACCCUCUCCACCACCACCACCAGACUCACCACCCCGCCUCCUAAAAACGCCACCCCAGUUGCAACUACCUUUACAAACUCCCUUCGAAGCCUAAACUCAAAUCAAUUUCCAGCCAAAGUCCCAUUAACCGUUGACCAUAAUUUACUUUUCACCAUUGGCCUCGGUGUCAAUCCUUGUUCUACUUGUGUUAAUGGUAGUCGAUUGGUGGGGGAUAUCAACAAUGUCACUUUUGUAAUGCCAAAAAUCUCUCUCCUUCAAGCACAUUUCUUCAAAAUAAGCAAUGUUUUCACUGAUGAUUUCCCUGGAAAUCCUAUCAUAGCGUAUAAUUAUACAGGCACACAACCAACAAACUUGAGGACCAUGAAAGGGACGAGGCUAUAUAGACUUGCUUACAACUCUACUGUACAACUAGUGUUGCAAGACACUGGAAUGAUAGCCCCUGAAAACCAUCCAAUUCAUCUACAUGGUUUCAAUUUCUUUGUUGUUGGAAGGGGACUAGGAAACUUCAAUCCAAAGACAGAUCCAAUGAAUUUUAAUCUUGUUGACCCCGUCGAAAGGAACACGGUUGGAGUUCCGUCUGGAGGAUGGACUGCUAUUCGAUUCAAGGCAGAUAAUCCAGGCGUUUGGUUCAUGCAUUGUCAUUUGGAAGUGCACACAACAUGGGGGCUUAAAAUGGCAUUUGUCGUGGACAAUGGCGAAGGCCCCAAUGAGACUCUCUUACCACCUCCUCGUGAUCUUCCCAAGUGUUGACAAUGAAUUCCAUAGACAAUCCCACAUUUUACAAAGGUUUUUUGCCGCAGAGGAGUGGAAAAGAAAAGGGAUCAGAGCAGAGCAAUGCAGUGAGACCUAAUAAAUUCGUUUGGGCAGUCAAAAUGGGCUGCUCGGGAUUGAAUAAAACCAGCCCAAUCUUAUGUAUUUUGGAUUUUCUUUUCUUUUUAUUAUUAUUUUUUUUAAUUUCAUGGGCCGUUUGUAGAGUGUAUUUAAAUAAACCUGUAUUGGUAAUUAAAAUUCCAAACGGUCUUCCCAAGUUACUUAGUUA